AGGGGAGACGAUGACGAGGAAGAAGAAGAAGAACUACUAAAGCCGUUGGCAGCUAGUUAGCCGUUGCUACAUACGCAGUCCAGCAGCGGUUAGAGUUAAAUACGAGAGGUUUCCAUUUGCUGAGAAUGAACCCUACCGAUGUCAGGGAUGACCUGACGACAGAAACCUCCAGCAGCUUCGCUCUCGUCCUUCAUCCCGGUUCUGUUGGCUAGAACUGCCUCUUCAUCGUCCCCCUGACCUCUGCUCUGACCUCUGACCCCGUCCCUCCCCCCCUGCGGCGACGAUGUACUGCCUCCAGUGGCUGCUGCCGGUGCUGCUGAUCCCCAAGCCGCUGAACCCGGCGCUGUGGUUCAACCACUCCAUGUUCAUGGGCUUCUACCUGCUCAGCUUCCUGCUGGAGAGGAAGCCCUGCACCAUCUGCGCCCUCGUCUUCCUCGCCGCGCUCUUCCUCAUCUGCUACAGCUGCUGGGGGAACUGCUUCCUGUACCACUGCCAGGACGCCGCGCUGCCCGCCGCCGCGCACGACCCCGCCAUCAUAGGGACCUAGGCGGCGGCGUCCCGCAGCAUGAUACUGCCACGCUGCGAGGAGGAGGAGGAGGAUGAGGAAGAGGAGGAAUCAAAGGGAUCCAGUGAGACUCUGCACACCGACCGGACAAUCACCGCCUGGAGUCACUUCCUGUCCAUCAGACACAUGCUGAGCUUCCUCCCGGUUCCUCCGCGGUUCACCUUUGACCUCAUUUAGUCUUUUUUUUUUUUUUUUUUUUCCUGUGCAUGGUUUGCUGGUUUCAAAACGUUCUCACAGAUUUUAAUGAAUUCUGAACAAAAUGCUGAAAACUUUCCAACAGAAAUCAAAACGCUGUGAGUUUCUUUUCUUUUCUUUUUUCUUUUUUUCCAUCUUGACGUGUGAAAGCGGAAACAGUCGGCCAUUUUUAUCAACCAUAAGCAAUACAGGAGGUGAGGCUCGUUUCUCCAGGUGUUGGUUCCUGCUGGGGGAGACGGAGUCGCCUGCUGCAGCAACGGGAUCGUUUUAAUUUAAAUAAAGUUUCCUCUGUGUUCAACCUGGA